CAUCAUCAGUCUUUUACACGUGGCUGUAGUCAGUGGAGUCAUGAGCACUGAGUAGAUACAGUAGUUAGUUUGGGUCUGCUCUCAGUUUGGAGCACACAUUCGAUACACCAUGAAGCUCCCGGCUCUUGUUGCAGCUCUUUUGGUCGUCUUCCUCUGUUACGUUUGGAGCGCAGCCUCAUCUCAUCCUCAACCCUCUUGUCGAUAUCCUCCAUCGCAGUGGUGUCGCUCCCUGGAGAUUGCUGUUGAAUGCAAGGUGCAGAAGCAGUGUAUGGAACUAAGCGCCGUACGUCCAAAGGAGGCGGCUGCUCCGGUGUCUGUCGCUCUUUACUACGAGUGUCUGUGUCCAGGCUGCAGAUCGUUCAUCACUCAGCAGUUUUUCCCCACCUGGUCCAUGCUGCAGGACAUCAUGAAUGUGACGCUGGUGCCGUAUGGCAACGCCAAGGAACUGGUGUCGGACAAUACUACCUUCACUUGCCAGCAUGGGGAGCCAGAAUGCCAUGGGAACAUGAUUGAGGCCUGCAUCCUCCAUUUGUGCGGCCCUGCAGCUUUUCACAUUAUCUACUGCAUGGAAUCUGCUGCCGACGUUCUCGGUGCAGCCCAGCCGUGUCUUCAGAUGCACGCCCCCGCCGUCUCUUGGGUCAGUAUCGACACUUGUGUCAAGGGAGAUCUGGGCCGUAGAUUGAUGCACGCCAACGCGGUCAUGACGAGAGCGCUGAGCCCUCCACACAAGCACGUACCCUGGGUUACAUUCAAUGGGGAAUUCACAGAGGAGUAUGAAGAUAAGGCCAUGUCCUCACUCUUCCAUUUGGUUUGCCAACUUUACGAGGGAGUGAAGCCUCCAGCCUGCACCGGAGCCCCGGUCAGACUUGACCGAGCCUUCUGCUGAAAACAUCCGAAUUUCCUUGACAUACUGAUUGUAGUUAUAUUAACACGCUGUGUGAAUCAGACGGUCAUGAAAAAGACAGGGACAUAAAUUUCCGUGUAUUUUAUUGGCAUUUCCCCUCACAAAAAAGCCGGAACUCCAGAAAAAAUAAAAGAACUAAUUUGGUUCAAAUGAACACAUUUUUCUUUGACAAAAAUCUCAGAGUGGCAGAUCAAGCUGUAUACAUGUAUAUUUGAUCUUGAGGCUCAACAUAUGAUUAAACAUACAAUUAAAUGUU